CCUACCUUUGUUAAUCGUAUCAUUCGGAAUUUUUAACAAUAUGUCAAAUUUUUAGAAAUAAGAUUAGUGCAAAAUUCAACUUCUGAUAUGUAUUGGAAGAAGAAAUCAGCUUGACCUUGACGAAAACCAGAGAAAACGGACAAAAGUCACAGUUGCGGAACUAUUACGAAGCGAUCUCCGAUGGAGWACAGAACURCUUUUACCUCAUUCUGGCAGAGAAACUGCCCAGAUGCACCGCUUCCAGAUCUGGAAUUCUUUGAUUCAUCGGAAGAUUUGCAGAACCGUUUUGAACACUGCAAACAMAAUUUGAAGSAAGCUUUGUGCACCUUGGAAAARGAAGGACUUAUUUUAAGAUUUCUGUCAAGUGUUAUCAACUCAAAUGACUAUGAUGAUUUUAAAGGAGAAGUUUGUGGAAUUCUCAGGCGUGUGUUUUUAGAUUCAUUGACGAGUGACUUUAGUGACACCGAGAUUUCAACACAUGAACUGCAGACGACAGAUCGUGAACUGACAGAACAAAACUCAAAUCCCAUAGUUACUGAAGACGAGCCUUUUCUCAUACGUGGAGACUCAUUUGCUUUUUCGAUUGACACAAAUAAACAUCAGCAAGAUCGAACUUUAAUAAUUGAUGCUCAAGGUAGGAGCGAAUCAGGGAUGUUCUCCCAUGGCGGAAGUGAACUUGAGGAUGUCGAUGAACAACCAUUGUAUCUGCCAGGGGCUCAGUUUCCCAACUCUAUAGCACAACCAUCUGCCGAUCGAGAUGUUGAAUUAUUAAAUAACCAAAAUGAUAAAGUGUUUUCGAGCGGACAAAAUCUCCCGUGUGAUGAAGGGACGAGCGAAUGUUUGGCCAAUGAAGAUAGCGCGGUUUGGAAUACAUCAAAUCAAAAACUGUUGAUUACUGCACGCGAUUCUUGUCGAAUGGAUCAAACUGAAGUCAAAGCUGGUGGUUUAAAUACAGAAGGCACUGUCAAAGAUAAUGGGAAUUCACCACUGAGUUCUGUGCACGGCCCUUUCAAGUCGGCAACCUUGCCCGCUUGUACAGAGCGUACAUGUAAAUGGCAGAGUGAAAGAAGGCCUUACUCGUUUGGGAGCUGCCAGUUUCAUGAUACUAAUAUCCCUUACGAAACCAAAAGUAAUGAAAGACGCGGUAAAAGAGGUGGUAUAGAACCCUCUGAUAUUAAAAGAAGGCACUCUACUGAAACUAAGAGAAAUAACAACAUGAGUCGACAUGACACUGACAGCUCAAUCCAAGUCAAAGAGGAGGAAGAUAGAUAUUCGAAUUCAAGCGAAGACCGACCUACUUUAGCUGAAGAAGAAACGUUUUURGUUGAUGUGUCUGAGGGAAAAGACGACCUCGACCAAGAAACUAUUGUUGUGGAUGAUUUGAUAUCGUAUUUGGAGAGGAUAGAAUUUGAAAGCAGCGAAGAGGAUUCAGCGGCCUCAGAGGGAAGUGGUAAAAUGUCUUACGGGUUCUAUGAAAAAAAUGGUGCUUUGAUCAGAAAAAAACAGUUACAAUCCGCACUGUCUACAGCUAGCGGUGUAAGCGCAGAUUCAUGUCUCAGUCCCUAUGCUUUAGACUUAGCCAUGUCAGAAAUUCACUCAGCAGAAUCCUCUGAUCAGGAUGAAUUAUCCAGUGAAACACCAUCCCCAUUGAGAGGAAAGAGUGARUCUGUACCCAAAAUUAUUGAAGGGGAUGAGCCCAUCAAGCCCAAACCCCCUGCCAAACCCCCUCGAAGGCGUAGCAAAAAAGGCAUGGUGCGUGCACACACAGUUGGGACACCAGUAGAGGUUAAGACMAAAAGCAGGGGAUACUCUGAGGAGGAUGAGGUUUUCAGUAAGGAAGAGGAAGGCUAUGAAGGGGACCAGGAAAGUCAAGUUCUAUCUCAAAGUCACAGCAAUAUUUCCAGCUCCAAAAAUUCAUCUGUUCAAUUCCGUACAUUGCUUGCUACAGGAGAGGAAGAYAGGAGGAAACUAAGAAGAAGUAGAGGCUCCAAUGUUAUUCUUGACCAGGACAAUGUGGAUUUUCCAUCYUCACCCUUAUCUUCCCCUGUCAACAAUGCUAAGGAUCCUGUUCCAAAAGAAGUCAGCAAAGAUGAUGCUCAUAAACUACAAAACAGAAAAUGGGUGGCGUCGGCAGUGGUUGAUAGUGAGAAAGGUUAUCUUGAAUGCUUGAAUAUCCUUUGCCAGUAUAUGAAACCCAUCAAGGCAUCACUGGCCACAACUGUCCCUAUACUCUCUACUCAAGAAUUCAACAAGAUAUUCUUUAAAGUGGAAGAUCUCUUCAAGAUGCAYGACAAGUUCUUCCAUGACCUUGAAAUUCGUGUUUCUAACUGGAAUAUGAGACAAAUCAUAGGAGAUUUAUUYCUUAGUUUGGUUUAUCAGUUUGACAUUUAUCGUGAAUACAUGCAAAACUACAAGAUUGCUACAGAUACAAUCCACAAGUGUAAAUCAAAUGAGAGAUUUAGUCAAAUAUUUAGUAAGGAAAUCAAGCUAACUUGUUCYGAAGAAAAGACAAGUCUAGAAAGCUUAUUUAGUAAACCAGUUGACAGGAUUGGCAGAUAUGUAACAGCAAUAAGUGAUCUUUUGAAACAAACUCCUAAGGACCAUCCAGACCAUACUAUACUACUCGAGGUYCAAGUAGUAACUCAGGAAUUCCUUGGUAAAGUCAGUGGUGUYGACCAGAAAGACGGUGCUCAUUUCCCAAGAGUUAARAGAGACCAUAGGCUGAUAAAAGAUGGAUUUUUGGUCGAAUUAACAGAUGGCAUCAGGAAAUUCAGACAUUUAUUUCUUUUUAAUGAUGUUCUCAUUUGUGCAAAGAGAAAAGUCACAGCCAGACAUGAGCAGUAUGUUUGUAAGUGGUAUCUUCCACUGGCUGAUUUGGUUUUCCAUCCACAUGACACAUCUGAAGCUGCUCAGAUGGUGCCAGUUGCAAGUGAAUCUGACCUUGAUUUACUUAAAGGAAGAAUCGUCAGUCUUAAGUCAGAAAUAAGGAAAGAACAAGGAACAACAGGACAAGGCUCCAGUCCUGAUGACUCCCCUGCCACCAAGCGUAAAAGAGCUCAAUCWACAAAUAAGACUAUAGAGAAACUCAAGAAGAAGCUUGCUCAGCAGGAAGCUGCAUUACUGCUCGCAACACCAAGCCUUCCAUUUCAUUUGUACAGUAAAAGUUCUUCGAAGACCUACACAUUACUCUGUAAGAGCGACAAAGAAAGGGCAGAUUGGAAAGAGAAUAUGUUAUGUCACAUUAAAAGCUCAACGGAAACACCAUCAAGCUUUCAUUUAAGCAUAUUUGAGCUCCAAACUCUUCUGGAGGCGUGUAAAAAGCUGCGAACUUGUAAGACUCUUGGUAAAGUCGCCAUUGUUGAAGAUAAAGAGCUUCUCAAUGGCUUACUUUAUGUAGACAUACAAAAUGGCAAAGGUUUUCACCGAAGUGACCUUUACUGUGUUAUCGAGGUYGAUCAUUACGGACAAUUCGUACGCAAGGCAAAGACAAAGAUUUGUAAAAGUACAGGGGAUCCAGUAUGGAAUCAGGAUUUCGACAUCGAAGUAGAGGGAAGCAAGGAACUCAGGCUUCACGUGUUUGGCAAAAGUCGUUAUGGUUUGAUGAGUGAUGAAGAGUGUGGUCUUGGAAAAAUAACGCURACAAGAGAAAACUUAACAGACCAAAAGAAACGAAACAUCACAAUCUCCCUUGAUAAGCAGGGUGCUGUCACGCUCUCCAUACAGUACUCCAAAACACUACAAGGCAUCCAGAGAAAAAAAUCYCAUAGUGAGUCGGGUGUUUUUGGUGUAGAUAUCGACAUAGUGACCAGUCGAGAAGAGUUCGAUAUACCAUUAAUAGUAAUUGGUUGUAUACGAGAGGUUGAGAAGAGAGGAACGGAAGAAGUAGGAAUCUAUCGAUUGUCAGGUGCCUCGUCUGACGUACGACGACUUAAAGAUGUCUUUAAUGAAAAUAGUCAAAGUGCACUAGUGUCGAUAGCCGAGUCUGAUAUACACGCYGUGUCUGGCCUUUUAAAGCUGUACCUUAGAGAACUUCCUGAACCGCUAUUCACAAACGAGUUGUACAACGACUUUGUUCAAGCUUACGGCCUAGCAGACAAAGAAGAGAAGAAGGAACGUAUGCUGGAGCUCCUCAACUCUUUACCAACACCAAGCAGGCUAACAUCGCUUUAUCUAUUUGACCAUCUAAGAAAGGUUGGAGAAAACAGCGAUGUUAAUAAGAUGAGUCUCAAUAACCUUGCAACUAUUUUCGGUCCCAACGUUCUGCGGCCCUCUCCCAGCACUGGCGGCCCAUUGGAUCUCGCGCAGGGCACGUUAGAUGUCAUGUCACAAGUAGGAAUAUUUCUGUACUUUUUAAAAUUAGACUCUGAUGACGUCAGACUGCCSAACGAUCCUGAGAUUAAGAACAGACUGAAUCCAACUCGAUCUACCGAUACAGUCGAUUAUAACGACAGGCUGAUAUAAUGGAAUUAUGGGAAGCCUGUAGUCUCAAUCUUCAUAUGUUGGGAUUCCUGUGUUAGUUUUGAGAAUUGUAUAAUGACGAACUUCUACGUCUUUUGAAUUUUGGUAACAUUGUAUAGUCCCAGUUUAGGCUGUAUGGGAUUCCUUUGUUGGUAUCGUUUGGCUCCACUAUGCAGGGGUCAGUAUUAUGCGAUUCCUGUUUUCCAYAGCAUGUUAUGGUGCCUAGCAGGUGUGAUGGGAUACAUGCGCCAUCGAAUAACCGCUAUAAAAUAUUUGGUAUACACCAAGAACGAUAGUUUUAUCUUGCAUUCGUGGCUCUCGCUCCCUCUACCAUAAAGUCAAAUUCAGCACUCGAUGAAAAUGGCAGUCUACAGUUAAGAAACUUUCUCAAGUAAACGUUGAAAUUAAUUCUCUGGUUGUCCACAUCACAGGCGUCUGUAAAUCAGUCGUUCUUGGUUACUAUUAAAGAAAGCAUAAUAWUUACYCCUCCAAUGCAUUCAACUGUGCAUGACACUGAGGCAAGUUCAGCUGUACUUGUAGUUUGUGGACUCGUCAAUGUUGCUUUGAAUGGUAGACUUACUUUACGUUGGUCAUUGGUCAASAAUGAGUUGGUAUAGCUCUGUAAUAUACUUAUAAAGAAAAAUCGAAUUGAUACGAAACCUAAAAUAAAACAAUAGCAAACUACAUAAAAAGCUACUAUUUUAAGAAAAGAUUUAUCAAAUUAUACGUCGUUUAUCGCAAAGUUAACGCUAGUCAACACCGACGAUUUUUGCGGCGAUGUUUGAGGUCAUUUUGAUCCUAGUAAAUAGUGUUUAGAAUUCAGCACACUGACUGGAGAUGAGCUAAUCAAACGUCUCUUCACAGGAAUGAGACAAAAUCUUUUAUAUUUUUUGAAAACUGCCGCAAAAAUCACCAGUGUGAUCUGUUCUUUAUGUUGCACCCGAAUGUUUCUCUUGAAACAAACGGAGARACUGGUGUUUGGUUGAUUUUCAAUCUUUGGUAACAAUUAGAUUUAAAAAGGUCAUUUCUCCAUCGUUAAAAAUAGGCAACAUUCGUGGGUGUUUGUCUACGUAAUGUUGUGUACAUUAUCUAUAGUUUCUUCGAGUUUUAGACUUAGAUAUUGAUUGUUACAUAAUAUAUUCAAAGCAAUUGAAUUUAAGGUGGUACCAUAGAGGUGUACCCCCCGUCCAAACUGAGGACAACAACAAAUCGACUUUUCCUGGAUACUUUUUUCAUUUAUAUCGAACUGUUACUAUGACAACAGUGCAUCACGUGACAGUCACCAUGACAACAAGAGUAAAUUAGCUAGUAUAAUUUGGAUAUGAUUUUUAACAAGGCCUAUUAACGAAUGCCUUGUAAAUUAUGUACAAAAGUUCAAUCUGUUCUUUUCAAUGUCUGGCAGGGAAAUAUAAUGUAUUUUUAUAAUCUAAAUGUUUGUAUAAUGAACUGUACGCWUUUUAAAACAUUAUUUUUUGGGGAAAAUGCACUAGCAAAAACAUUUUAUGAUUAAUCGCGAAAGGCACUUUUAAACUUCAUUCUUGUCUUUGGUUGAACAGUUAAAAACAAUUUCUUGUUCAGUAGCCUCUGAGAUAUGUCGUUUGGCUUCCGCGCAUGAUAUAUAGACCUUUGAAAAACUUGAAAAACUUAACGGCAAAUGUCAUAGUAGUUAAAAAGACACUUGUAUUAUGUACUUAAUCAUCCUUUUGUAUUGCCUUUCAUCUUGAAGAGAUUAGAAAUACAUGUAAACACUGAAAAAAGGUCAGGCAYAACUUACAUUCUUAUUUCAUCGUGAGCCUUGUCAGUGCAAUAUUCAAUGACGCUCAUGCUUUUUGUAAGAAUACCGCUGACAAUGCAACAAGCAAAACUUGAAAAAAGUCGUCAGUUUUAAGUAGCUAUAUAGACAAAAAAAAUAUGAAUAAGGAACUUGUGUAUAGAAGCAUGAUUGUUAAAAUACGAAAUAACAAAAAUAAUUUAAUUUAUUUGA